UCGCAGCCACCGCACACCAUGCACCCCCAAGGUCGCACCGCCUCCCCGCGGCUGCUGCUCGGCUUCUUCCUUGUGCUGCUGCUGCAGUUGCCGGCGACGUCCAGCGCCUCCGAGAACCCCAAGGUGAAGCAAAAAGCGCUGAUCCGGCAGAGGGAGGUGGUAGACCUGUACAAUGGAAUGUGCUUACAAGGACCAGCAGGAGUUCCUGGUCGCGAUGGGAGUCCUGGAGCCAAUGGUAUUCCUGGCACACCAGGAAUUCCAGGUCGGGAUGGAUUCAAAGGAGAAAAGGGGGAGUGCUUAAGAGAAAGCUUUGAGGAGUCCUGGACCCCAAACUACAAGCAGUGUUCGUGGAGCUCACUGAAUUAUGGCAUAGAUCUUGGGAAGAUUGCAGAGUGUACAUUUACGAAGAUGCGCUCCAACAGUGCUCUGCGUGUUCUGUUCAGCGGCUCACUUCGGCUAAAGUGCAGAAAUGCUUGCUGUCAGCGCUGGUAUUUUACAUUUAAUGGAGCUGAAUGUUCAGGACCUCUUCCCAUUGAAGCCAUCAUCUAUCUGGAUCAAGGGAGCCCUGAACUAAAUUCAACAAUUAAUAUCCAUCGUACUUCUUCUGUGGAAGGACUGUGUGAAGGGAUUGGUGCUGGGUUGGUAGAUGUGGCCAUCUGGGUUGGCACCUGCUCUGAUUACCCUAAAGGAGAUGCUUCUACUGGAUGGAAUUCAGUGUCUCGCAUCAUUAUUGAAGAACUACCAAAAUAAAUCCUCUGAAGCUUUCAUUUCCUACCUCUUUUAUUUUUAAAACCAAACCUUUGAAUGGUUCAUUUAAAUGACAUUUAAGGAAUCGCUUUACGUACCCAGCUGAAUGAAAAUGCAAAGUUAAAUAUGUUUACAGACCAAAGUGUGAUUUCACACUUUUAAAUCUAGCAUUAUCCAUUUUACUUCAACCAAGAAUGGU